CUAUAUGUUAUGUCCUAUAUGUGUUCUACGCGUCCUAUUCCAACAACAACAACAACAACAACAACCUAUAUGUGUAUAUAUUAUAUUGAUAUGCAAGAUUCUUACAGAUAGUAUAUAUUGAUAUCCGAAGAGCUUUGCAGAUCCACCUUGCUCUUGCUUGAACAGCAGCCAUGCUGCUCCGGCUUCCGGGUCCAACUCAUAAGAAAGCCACCCAAGUGGAUCUGCGCCGGCCCAGCCUGACCACGCUACUUAACCGAGUGACCAGGGCUGACUGGCUCAAACUCACGGAUUGUCAGCAGAGGAUGCAGCAUGCUCUGCAAAGAUACAUGCAUUUAAAACACCAGCUAGGUGAGAGUGCAUCCCAUCCGGGGAUGCAGCCAUCAAAUGUGUACAUCGAUGGAAUGAAUCGAGCGCUGGAGAGAAUGGAAGCGAUCCAGGCCGAGCAGUCGGAGAUCCUGGACCCGGUGCGGGAACAGAUGGCCGCCGAGGCGGCGCUGAAGCUGCCCUCUCCGCUGCACCCGGUGCCGCCGCGGCCGCCGUGCUCGCCGCCGCCGGAGCAGCCCCAGGUGCGACUGGUGAUCGAGCCGCGCAACCAGCUCAAGGUGUCGGUGGAGGUGCUGAUGGAGACGGCGCCGGCGCUGCGGCCGGCCGCCCGACCGGCCUCGGCCCGGCUCCGACAGAGUCUACAGAAGCCCGUCCCGUCGGCGCGCGCGAGUCCCGAGACGGAAGGCGACUCGAUGACGAUGCCGGACCCGGGUCCGGAGCCGCCGCCGUCGGAAGACUACCGGCUCAACAUACCGCGAGACUCGGAUCCGGAGCGGCACGCCAAAAACUGCCACAUGGCCGCGCUUGGGUUAGUGGCGUCCGAAUUCGCCGAACGGUUGAAGACUAAGGUCCGCCACAAGCCGCGCCGACAGGCAUUCGACAUGGCCAUGGACGGCUUCAUCCACGCCGCUCUGCGUAAGCGGAAGGCGUUCGUUGCGCCGUCAAUAGCGGCUAAGCGGCCCCGCGUGGACGGCAAAAAACGGAAGAACCGGAAGGCUCGCGCGGGAUGCUCGUCCCGCGCCACCAGUCCCGUGACGGAACCAACGUCCCGCGCCACCAGUCCGGUGGCGGAGCCAAUGUCUCAAGCCGAGAGCCCAGAGACAGAGCCAGUUUCCAGAGCCGUGAGCCCUGAGACGGAGCCAGCGUCUCAAGCUGCCAGUCCAGAUGCGGAGCCAGUGCCGCGGCUCGGAACUCCUCCCCCUGAGGUGACAUCUCGGACCGGCAGUCCCACGGGCGAAUCGCCGACGGCGCUCAACCAUGCCGGUGAUGUGAUGGACGCGUCGGCGCCUUCUGGUAGCUCCAAUGUGGCAUCAGCACCCGGCGAGGACGCGGGAGGAAAGGAAGCGGCGCAGUCGGAGGAUCCAGCCGAGACUCCGGCAGGCGCGGGGCCAGUCCCCGAAUCUCCUGCCAAUGGCUCGGCCAACCAGCGAACGUCUCCCUCCAAAUUCAGCGCGAUGAACGGAGGCUGUGGUCAGGUGGACAGCCUGGCGUCCGGUGGUGCCGGCUCAGGGACGAGUCCCGCCUCCCCCGGCGGGGACGCCCAGCCGGGUGACGCUGCCCCGGAGCCGGCCGUUCCUGUCCCGGACACCACAGCGGACCCUCCCCGUGUCCCGGCCGAGGGGUCCGCGGUGCCGACGGCCCUUCCUCGGUUCGUGGGCGUGCACCGUCGCCGGUGUGAGCGGUGUGACGGCGUGGGCCAGCUGCUGACGUGUGACACGUGCCCGCGCGUGUGGCACACCUCGUGCCUGGGGACGCUGCCUGCCGACGACGUCCAGUUGUGGAGCUGUCCCGACUGUGAGUCCGGUGACGGACGGUGGUCGGAGUCGGACGCAGAACGGGAGGAGGGCGAGCCAGACGGGCGGAAUGGGACUGAGGUGGAUGGAGAGGAGCAGGGAAGCGACGGAGAGGAGAACGAGAGCGGCGGAGAGGAGUGUGUAAACGGAGAAGGAAGAAAUACUGACACGGAAGAAGUGAGCGAGGAUAGAAAAGACGACGAAGAGUGGGAAGAGAGCGGUUUAACUUUGGAAGUCGUUGGUGCUGAAGAGGCAUUUUCUUGGUCGGAAGAUAUCGACAAUGAGGAAAAAGACACAGAAGAUAAACUAACGCUAGAUGAGUGUGACAAUGAACAAUCACAUGAUAACAGUAAGCAGAUGGAAGGCAUUGAGAAUGACACCGACAAUUGUGAAGGAGAUAUAUGCAGGACUGCAGAUGGAGAUAGUACCGCAGAGGCAGACGAAGGCAUGCGAAACGGGGACCAGGAAAGGUUCGAGGAGGAUCGUGACGAAGAGAACACAGACUGUGCGGUGGAGGAGAAGGCUGGUGAACAUCUACAAGACAACACUGAUUCCAUGCAAGGCAUCGAAAAUGAGGAUAAUACAAUGCGCAAAACUACCGACCGGGAUGUUAUCGCAGAUGAGUGCAUGCGUAUCGGAGGAGAGGAACUAAUUGAAGAAGGUACAGACAAUAUGGAAACCCAGACAGCUACUGGUGAUGAUCGAACACAGGCCACAGGACGACCAGGAAUGCAUGGAAGUUUUGGGGAAUGAGAAUUGUGACCACUACGAAGAGGUGAUCUGCGAGACUGUUGGUAUCGAUAAUGUCCUGAACGAAUACGAAUGUGGGCGUGAAGAAGAGGAAAUGGUCGAGGAUGACGAGUUGGUUCAGCGGGUGAUUGAUACAGAUGAUCCAUUUCAAGAAAAGAAGGAUGUGCAGAAUGGAGAACAGGAAGACAUGGUUGAAGGUGAUCUUAAGAAAGAGGACGGCGAUAGAGGAAAGUAACAAGGCCAGAAGGCUGAACAGGGAGCCGUAGAAUGUGAAACUCGGACAUCAAAUGCUGACAAAGAAAACGAAUAAGCUGUAAGAAGACAGAUGACAGGUUGGAUAAAGAAGACUGGUUGCCAGUCGUCAGACAAGUUCAGCUCGUCAGUGCGCUAUCCCGGGGAGCGCGAGCUGCUGCCUUCGUCCAUAUUUGACGAAGGACAACCGGUGUCGAACAAUUCUGAGCCAAGGAGGCAACGGUUGACUUUGAGCAUUUGGAAGCAUUUCAUCGCGAUACUGCGGAGUAACGUGUGGAACUGUCAAUGAUGCGAUUGGCAUUCGUCUAGGAAGCCAAAGUCGGGCCAAUUGUCCAGGAACCACAUUUAGAUACUGUGUACGCGCCAUGAAGAGGGACUACCGUUCGCGGUGUUGAAUGUGAUGCUGGAGGGACUUGUCGGCGCGGGGCUCAGCGUUCCUCGACAGAAAUUGUCUGUGAUACCGCGUUCGCUUUUGUAAGUUUCGUUGUUGGGCUGUGUGUGAUGUGAGAUGUUGAUGUGAGAUGACUGUCAGAGCGGUGGCUUUGGAUCUCAUUCGUAUCAGCAGGUGUAAAAAAUGUGACAUGUACAUAAGUGUACGGAGACUAGAUAUGAAAAUAUACUCCGAUGUAACUGA